UUUAAACACCUCCGGACUCAUCUCGACGCCCUUAAGUUGCAAGAUGCUAGUGAUCUCCAAACAGCAUUUACGAAGCUCGAAGCAAUGUGGGGCGGAAAAGAAAACAUCUUUCUACGACGCCAUCGCUUUUGUCAGAUGCGUCAGGAAUCCAGUCAAUACAUUGGUGAUUUUAUUAUCAAUCUUACUCUCGUCGUUCAGGACUGCCGAUACACAGAGAUCGCGGCGCCUAAAUUCGAAGAGGCGGUGCUGUUACAACAGUUGAUGGUGGGUUUGCGGGAUGAAGUCUUAUCCGAGAAGGAUUAUCAUUGA